AUGAAUAAGGAGAAUGCUAUGGUUGGUGGUGGUGCUGUCAGGGUCACUCGAGCAAGGACUAGAGCCUUUAGGGGUGUAUCUGUCUCCUCAAGACCCUCAGUACUAUGCACCAAAAGAGCAGCUUCUGAUGACAUUAAAUCUCCUGUUGUGUCUUCUACCUCUGCUGAUAAGAGCAUGGAAGUGUUAACAAAUGUUACAAACAUAUGCAGAAAAUCACAUGAUAAGUGUAUUAAGGCACCAAAAUUUCAGAGAAGAGGAGGUUAUAAGAAGAGAAACACAAAGGUAGCUUCAGGUGUCUCCAUUCAAGUUCUGUCAACCAAAGUGGAUGUUAGAGCAAAGUUAGAUAAUGAUUUGUCCACAAUAAAGAUGGAUGAGUCACAUGACACCAUUGUCACGGAAAGGCUAGAAGAGAGAGAGACACUGCAACCUUGUAUGUCCAAUAGCAUGAGAGAAAGUGUUAUGGCAGAUCCCUUCCUUUCAAUGCAGGAGACUCUGAUGUCUGAUGAACUUCUAAGCUCUCCAAAUAAAGACAAAGACAUGAUUUGUGAUAAACUAAGAGCCUCAGAAGUCUUUGGCAUUAUGGACAUUGAUUCAGAGUUAAAGGAUUCUCAAGUUUGGAGUUCAUAUGCCCCAGAUAUAUACAAUUAUAUAUGUGUGAGAGAGCGUGAAAGGAGACCGUUAACCAAUUACAUGGACAAGUUGCAGCAAGAUAUCACUCCGAGCAUGCGGGGAAUUCUGGUUGAUUGGCUUGUGGAGAUUUCUGAGGAAUAUAAGCUAGUUCCAGACACUCUUUACCUAACAGUGAAUCUCAUUGAUCGUUUUCUUUCUAGAAGUUUGAUUCACAAACAAAGGCUCCAGUUGCUUGGUGUCACUUGCAUGCUGAUUUCAUCAAAGUAUGAAGAGAUUCGUGCUCCUCAAGUGGAAAAAUUUUGCUUCAUCACUGAUAAUACAUACAAGAAAGCAGAGGUAUUGGAAAUGGAGAAAGAAGUUCUAAAUCUUUUGCAUUUUCAAUUAUCUGUUCCCACAACCAAAACAUUUCUCAGGAGGUUCAUCCAAGCAGCACAAUCUUCUGAUUCUUCCUACAAGGUUCCUUGUGUUGAACUGGAAUUCCUUGCAAAUUAUUUAGCAGAGCUUACUCUUGUUGAAUACAGCUUCUUGCAGUUUCUACCUUCCCUGAUAGCUGCAUCUGCUGUAUUACUUGCUAGAUGGACCCUCAACCACUCAGAACAUCCAUGGAAUCCAACUCUGGAGCACUAUACAAAUUACAAAGUGUCAGAGCUCAAAACUACUGUCCUUGCACUUGCAGAUUUGCAACUUAAUACCAAAGGCUGUUGUCUGAAUGCUAUUCCUGAAAAAUAUAAACAAGAGAAGUUCAAGAAUGUGGCAUAUUUGUCUCCAAAACCGGUGCAGUCACUUUUUGAGGUUCAAGUGUAA